AUGACGCCUCCUCCAUUCCGGUGGGAGGAAGGCUCCGAUUUUUCAGGGACAAUUGGUUCUCACUCCCCCGAGACCCUUGGGACCAGACCUUCAGACCGUUUUUUGAUCUCCCACCUUCCUCCAGACCAGGCAAGGCGGUCGGUCCUGUUAUCCACCAUUCAGCAGUUGACAGACCUCAGAGUCCUGGUUCCUGUUCCUUGGCCAGAGCAAGGCCAGGGGAUUUAUUCUCCGAUUUUCCUGGUCCCCAAGAAGCCGGGAGGUCUUCGUUUCAUCAUAGACUUACGCUUUUUGAACGGUCACCUUCAGUUUGUCCGGUUCAAGAUGGAAACCUUGCAUCGCUAUAUAAAAAGGAUAACAUCUGCAUCUCAGUUGGGCCGCACAUUUUACGAUGAACAUGGAGAAUUUGCAUACUAUUACACAAUUACAAACUGGGUGUUUUUAUCAAAUAAGUCUGCAUUUAGAAACCUUGUGGGUAACUUCACUGAGUGGGCUCCAGAUGGUCAGCAGCUAAUCAUUGACUCGCAUUUAGCAAUAUGGAGGAACAAAGACAACCAGAUUCCAAGGUCUCAGUGUUCAGAGAACUGUUUGCUUGGAUAUCGAAAAGUUCUGAGACCUGGAGCACAAAUCUGCUGCUACGACUGUGUCCGGUGCUCAGAGGGAGAGAUAUCCAAUAGAUCUGACAGUGAGAACUGCAUUGUUUGCCCAAGUGAUAAAUGGUCUAAUGAGAAAAGGGAUCGAUGUAUUCCAAAAUCGGUGGAGUUUCUAUCAUAUUUGGAUGCAGUUGCUGCUGUUUUAUCCUUUGUAUCAAUUCUGUUUUGUCUUAUAACUGUUGUGAUAUUACUGAUCUUCAUUGUCUUCAGAGAUACCCCAAUUGUGAAAGCCAAUAACCAGAACCUCAGCUUCCUCCUCUUGGUCUCCAUCAUGCUGAGCUUUCUCUGUGUGUUUCUGUUCCUCGGUCGUCCUGAGGAUGUAACCUGCAUGCUGCGCCAAACAGCUUUUGGAGUCCUCUUCUCAUUAGCCGUGUCUUGUAUUUUAAGCAAAACAAUCAUGAUCUAUAUUGUUUUCAGAGCCGCGAAACCCGGCAGCUCCUGGGCAAACUGGGUCAAUGUGAAAGUCUCCAAUUCUAUAGUACUGAUCUGCUCAUCCAUUCAAGUUAUCAUUAAUAUUUCCUGGUUGGCCAUUUCCCCCCCAUUCCAGGAGCUGGACAUGCACUCUUAUCAGGGAAAGAUCAUCGUUCAGUGUAACGAAGGCUCGGUUAUCGCCUUCUACUGUGUCCUGGGUUAUAUGGGGCUUCUGGCAGCUCUUAGCUUUAUUAUAGCUUUUUUAGCCAGGACAUUACCGGACAGUUUUAAUGAGGCCAAGUACAUCACCUUCAGCAUGCUGGUGUUCUGCAGCGUUUGGAUUGCGAUGAUCCCGGCCUAUCUGAGCACCAAAGGGAAGAACAUGGUGACCGUAGAGAUUUUUGCCAUACUGGCUUCAUGUGCCGGACUUGUAGGAUGUAUAUUUAUUCCAAAAUGCUAUGUAAUUGUU